AAGACUCGUCCUGAAAACAGAAAAUGCACUUUGAAAGCCUCGUCUGCUGCAGCAGGGCCACGUGCCCUGUUCAUGAAGCACACUAACCACAGCAUCUCCGGGCCGGCUUGAGGUGGUGGCACCCCGCCUGCCUUUCAAUUCACCUCAACCUCCACUGGCAACACCCUCGUUUUUCCAGUUCGGAACUUGCUAAAGUUAAAAAAAAAAAAGUGUCUACUGGCCUGAAGUCUUAAUAGAAGCAGUUGAUGUGGGCGUACCCUACAGAAAUCCUCAAGGCUUUACUGGUGAAAACCCAGCAAAUUCUCUGUCAUAAAGAGCUUUAAGAACUCAGCUAAGACAUAAAAGAGGAAAAUACCAGCUGCCACUCUGCAGGUUGAAUUAACUACCACCUACUGGAUACAUUCUCAUCCUUCAGAAUCACCAGAGUGACCAGCUGCCUGUUGGGGUAUAAAAAUCUACAGAACCAGACACGGACAUGGUUUCAAUAUUUUAUUUUAGCUACCAUUCUAUUGGGAGCUAAAGAAUGAGUCCCUGUGAGGCUGAUUUUUGAAUGGAUGACAGUAAUAUAAAGGUAUCGAAGAAGAAACGUAGCCAUGGACAACCUCACCUUCGCAGCUGGGAACGGCAGCCUAUGCACCAGAGAUUACAAGAUCACCCAGGUCCUCUUCCCACUCCUCUACACUGUCCUGUUUUUCGUGGGACUCAUCACAAAUAGCCUGGCAAUGAGGAUUUUUUUUCAAAUCCGCAGUAAAUCCAACUUCAUUAUUUUUCUUAAGAAUACAGUCAUUUCCGAUCUUCUCAUGAUUCUGACUUUUCCCUUCAAAAUCCUCAGCGAUGCCAAACUGGGAACAGGACCACUGAGGACUUUUGUGUGCCAGGUGACCUCUGUUGUAUUUUACUUCACAAUGUACAUCAGUAUUUCAUUCCUAGGCCUGAUAACAAUUGAUCGCUACCAGAAGACCACCAGGCCAUUCAAAACAUCCAGCCCCAAAAAUCUCUUGGGAGCUAAGAUUCUCUCUGUUGUCAUCUGGGCAUUCAUGUUCUUGCUCUCUUUGCCUAACAUGAUUCUAACCAACAAAAGACCGAGAGACAAGAAUGUGAAAAAAUGUUCUUUCUUCAAAUCAGAGUUUGGUUUGGUCUGGCAUGAAAUAGUCAACUAUAUCUGUCAAGUUAUUUUCUGGAUUAAUUUUUUAAUUGUUAUUGUAUGUUAUACACUCAUUACAAACGAACUAUACAGGUCAUAUGUAAGAACAAGGGGUGCAGGCAAAGUCCCCAAGAAAAAGGUGAACAUCAAAGUUUUCAUUAUCAUUGCUGUAUUUUUUAUUUGUUUCGUUCCCUUCCACUUUGCCCGGAUCCCCUACACCCUCAGCCAGACACGGGACGUCUUUGACUGCUCUGCUGAGAACACCCUGUUCUACGUGAAAGAGAGCACUCUCUGGUUAACUUCCUUGAAUGCAUGCCUAGAUCCAUUCAUCUAUUUUUUCCUUUGCAAGUCCUUCAAAAGUUCCUUGAUGAGUAUGCUGAAGUGCCCCAAUUCGGCAAUAUCUGCUCCACAUGAAAACAGGAAAAAAGGACAAGAUGGUGGGGACCCAAGUGAAGAGACUCCAAUGUAAACAAAUGGAGGUAAUAGUUCAAUCUAGUAGUGUUUGGAACUCCCACCAGGAAAACACUAUGUAAAAAUAUUAAUGCUGACUAAGAAGUAGCUGAGUUGAUGACAAUGACUCUUAAAAUAAUAGAAGACUACAAAAGUCAUCUUAAUUUACUUUUCCAGUAUUAAAAGCUAUCUUAAAAUGUAGAAAAAAGAAAUUAACAUGUAGCGAUGGAGCAAAAUGAACUAUAUCCAAUCACCAUGUGACAUGCAAAACUAUACAGAAUCCAUGGAAUGAAGAGUUUGUGCAAAAUAGGUAACAAUAUAAUACCUAUUAUAAUUCUUUAAAUACAAUAUUGAUCACAAUGUUAUAAUCAACUUACUAUAGAUACUCAACUGAAGAAUAAUAAAUCUGAUAAAUCUUUAACCAAAAACUAUACUUAAGAUGUAUAUACAAUCCUAGUCCCUAACCAAAUACUGACCUAUUGUGAUAAUCAUAAAAAUUUAAGUGGGACACACAAAGAAUAGUAACUACUAACUUUUACUUAUUAGCAAAGACCUAAGGGAUUUAUAUUAAUUGGAAUGGUAAUAGAGUGGACUGAAUUUCUUUAAAUGUUCAUUAAAAUAGAGGUUUAAAACCUACCUGUUCAAUAAAAAGUGUAGAAUAGCAAACAAAGCUAUUAAAAUAAGAAUUCUAAUAGAAAAAAAUAAUACUUCCUUAAUACUAGAGAACACAGUUUUACUAAUAUUUUGACAACUCUAGUAAUAUAAUGCCAUCAUUGACUUACCUUUAUUAACUCGGUUCCGGAAACUACAUACAACUCAGGUUAAUACAUAUUUCCCGUAGUGAGAAAAAUAAAUAUAAAUAUGCAUUUGCAUAGCAUAACUAUCAACAGGAAAGUGAACAAAAUGUUUGUAUUUAUCCAUUUGUUAUCUGUGUGUAUAACAAAAAAUUACAUUAAACUCUAAAUCACA